AUGACAACAGCGCCCAAAACCGUCUUUGUCACCGGCGCGAACGGCUACAUCGGCAACGCCGUCGCGCGCGCCUUCGUCGCGGCCGGGUGGACGACGUACGGCCUCGUCCGGUCCCUCUCGGCCGCCACGGCGCUCGCCCAGGAAGAAAUUCUUCCCGUCAUCGGCGCCAUCGACGACCGCGCCGCCCACGCAACGAUCCAGAGCCACCUCCCCGCGACCCUCGACGCCAUCGUCUCGGUCACGGAGAGUCUCGUCGACUACGUCGCUCACUACCAGAACACAGUCCAGCUCCUCCGGACCCUGGGCGCAGCCAGCUCCGCCGCCGGCCGGAAGCCGCUCGUCAUCUUCAGCUCCGGCUGCAAGGACUACGGCGUCGGCCCGCACUACCACGGAGCCCCCGGCCUGGCGCCGCACACGGAGGAGUCCCCCCUGAACCCAAUCCCCCUCCUAGCCAACCGAGCGACCUACGCUAGGAAAAUCUUUGACCACUCGGACGUCUUCUCCCCCGUCCUCGUCCGGCCCACCAACGUCUACGGCCGCACCUCGAGCUUCUACAAGGCCUUUUUCGACGUCGCGGCCAAGGCGGCCGCCGAGAGGAGGCCGCUCCUCCUGCCGACGCCGCCCAACACCAUCGUGCACGCCCUCCACGUGGACGACUGCGCCGAGGCCUACGUCGCCAUCGCCACGCACCCGGACCGGGCCGGGGUCGAGGGCCACGUCUUCAACAUCUCGGCGCAGCGGUACGAGACGGUCGACGAGGUGGCGCGGGCGCUGGCGGGGGAGUACGCGAUCACGGGCGGCUUGCAGUACGUCGAGCCCGGGGCGCUGAAGGAGGGCGAGGACCCGUGGCCGCCGGCCAUCAUCAACUUUCCCCAGUGGACGGACUCGACGAAGCUCACGCGGCUGACCGGGUGGAGGCACCACCGCCCGCUGUUCUCCGAGUCGAUCCACGUCUACCGUCUGGCGUACGAGGCGACCAAGGCGGCCGGGCACGAGAACAUCAGCCGGGUCGACGGGUAUCUGAAGGCCUGGACGAAGCCCGCGUUGGCGUGA